AUGCGUGGUUCUUACGGUUUGUCUAAAUUAUCAUCUGGUGCUUCUGGAUGCAAAAGAAAGGUUUCCACCCGAUAUCCAUCUCGGCAUGCAAGGAUACACAUCAAGGAAUUUUUUGCAGUUCCUCCAUUAAAGAAAAAAGUGCAUUUUCCGAACCCGGUCAGACAGGUGACAUCUGGUAAUGCAGGAGAGUACAUAUUCCAUGAUGGCUCUGAUGAUAAUGGUAUUGGAGGAGAAGCUUUCAUCCAUCUAUUGGCACAACAUGGGGCUUCCCUGUGGGUAUUGAAUCAUUACAAGUGGAUUGUAUGGAAACUGGCAUGCUAUGAGAGAUACUAUCCAGCUAGGUGUGCGGGAAAAUUUCUAACUGUAUCAAAUGUGCUUGAGGAACUGAAGUACAGAUAUGAAAGAGAAGUGAAUCAUGGCCACCGAUCUAUCAUCAAGAAAGUUCUUGAAGAAGGGGAUAUACUGCCUUCUUCAAUGAUGAUCCUUUGCAUAUCUAGCAUUCACUCAAAUCAUGUGAUGGAAAGUGGGACAUUAUUUCAGGCACAAACCGGGAAUAAGAGCAGGGAGGCAGUAAAAGUUGAACUAACUGAUGGAUGGUAUUCUAUAAAUGCCAUUUUAGAUGCUCCAUUGUCAAAGCAACUGGAUGCUGGAAGAUUAUUUGUAGGACAGAAGCUUCGGAUCUGGGGAGCGGAAUUAUGUGGCUGGAACGGGCCAGUUUCACCCUUUGAGGUUUUUCUGGUGUCAUCAACAAUUAGCUUAUUUCUUCACAUAAAUGGAACAUAUAGAGUUCAUUGGUCAGCGCGGUUAGGAUUUUGUAAAGUUGCCGGUCCGCCUUUGGCUUUCAAAUGCAUAAAAAACAAUGGAGGUUUAAUACCUCAGACCUUGGCAGGAAUUACCCGUAUAUAUCCCAUUCUUUACAAAGAAAGGUUAAGCAGUGAACGAUCUGUUGUCUUAUCAGAGAGGAUGGAGAAUAAAAUGAUGGAGCUGCACAAUCAAAGACGCUCAGCUGUUGUGGAUAACAUUGUUUCGGAGUAUCAGAAGGAAAGAACGAGUUCACAUGUUUAUGAUCACGACGAUAGUGAAGGGGCUAAGAUUUAUAUGAUGUUGGAGACAGCUGCAGAACCUGAAUUCUUGAUGGCGGAUAUGACUCCCGAGCAGCUUCGUUCUUUUGCUGCAUAUAAGGCCAAAUUAAAUGCAACUAGACAAUCACAAAUGGAAAGUUCGAUUGAGAAAGCUCUGAAAGAUUCUGGCUUGGGAAACCGAGAUGUAACGCCAUUUAUGAGGUUGCGGGUCGUUGGAUUAACUUACAAAAAUUGUCAAGAUAAGUCUAAGGAAGGCAUAGUAACAAUCUGGAACCCAACACAGAAGCAGUGUCAGGAGUUGGCAGAGGGAGAAGCAUAUGCAAUUGCAGGACUCACGCCAUAUGGAUCUGAUUCGGACGUCCUUCGUUUCCAGACUAGAGGAUCUACUACCAAGUGGUUGCCAUUAUCUUCUAACGCAAGGAACAGUUUAGUUCAUUUUUCAAUAGUCGGAAAUCAAUCCCAUUGUCAAAACAUAAAGAAAAUAUCUGUUGCAUUUGUUGUGCAUGUCGGAAAGGCUUAUACAUCAGGUCAGCAAAAGAAGCAAUGGGUUUUUGUGACUGAUGGAUCGAUCAUGAAAGGUUUACAAUCAGAGAAGUUUACGGACACAUUGCUUGCUAUUUUCUUUUGCUCCCCAUUGAUUGAUCAUGAUUCAUUUCCACCAAUCAACCAUAACCUUGCUGGAUCUACGGUUGGUUUCUGUAAUCUUAUAAAAAAGGAGAAGGACCAUACUUACCAAAUAUGGGUUGCUGAUGCUAAUGAAAACUCAACCUAUUACUUGAAAUUUGAUUCUUCACACUGUCGUUCUCAUCUCAGAAAUCCUGCCAGUUCCGUCACAAGAUGGGCUAGUAAUUCUAGCUUGAUAAUACAGAAACUCAAGGAAUGGUUGUUGGGUAUAAUUGGUGAUUGUAAAACCUAG